AUGACUGACAUUAUUCCUGAAGAAGAUGGUUUACGCAACAGAAGCGAUAGCCUGAAGGCGCUAUCCGUAAAUUCAGAUUCUUGCAACGAUAGCUGUUUGGGAUAUUCCGAAGAAGAUGAACCUGCGUUGGAUCAGAAACAUCUCAACCUAAUUCACGAAGAGUUGGAGAAGUUGAACAUAGCUACUGAUGUUAUAAACAAGUUGGAAGUACAGCUGGAUGUAGCUCGAGCAGACUUCAGGGAAGUGUAUGCCUUGUGGACAAAGAAGUUGAAAGAUCUCUCCAAGAAAUACAAAUCCGCCAUCGAGAAGGCUAGGCCGUAUUAUGAAGCGAAGCUUGAGAAACGAAAAAUCGCCGAGGACUCACACAGAUCAACUACUCGAUUCGGAAAAGCAACGGAGAUGUUAGAUGUGGCUAAGACUCAAGUGAACUUAACACAAGACAGUUUGUCGAGAGCGAACGGUUCAGUGCAAACUGAAUGCUUAGAGGUUUUGAACCACCACAUUAGCCGAGUGAAUGAAGCAGAGGAAGAACGAGUGGCUGCUCAAGAAGAACACAGAGAGAACUCUGCUCGUAUGAUGGAGAUCUCUGACAGAAUAUUGAAGAUGUAUAAAGACAAUCGCAGUUCCAUCGAGAAAGCCAAAACCUAUUUUGAAGAACGUCAAGAGUUCACCAAGAAACUUGAAAAGCAAAAGCAUCUGAUCCAAAAGUUGGAAACUGAGGUCCGGCAGAAAAAAUGUGAUUACACAACUUCCUUGCGGAACCUAGAGAAAAUAUCGGAUUCAAUCCACGAGCAAAGAAGUCUAGGAGGAGGCUCUAUGAUCAUAAAGUCUGAAGUUCCUCAAAAUCCACCACCUUACAUCCCAACAGCGCCACCACCGUACGAGGACGACGAACGUUACACUAUAGAGCAAGACGAGGAUGAUGUAAUUGAGCCCGUGUUUCGUUUGAUGAGGCAGCAAGCCCCACAAGAUCCAUCAGAGGAUGAGAGAAACAAGUCUGGAGUGAUACUCUCUUUUCAACAAUUCAUCACUAACAGAGAAAAGAAGGAAAAACCAAAGCUACCAUCAUUCCAGCCAGAUGUAAGCUAUAGAACAAGGCCGGAGGGUAUUUGCUCAUCUCCCGACUCUUCCGACGUUCUUUCCCUCGCUAGUUCGCGUUUAUCAGAACCUGACGACGAAGCAAUUACUGGUAUGAUUCGUAGCCACUCCACAUUCAUGAAGGAAAUGGAAGCAAUAGAACAAAUGUUACAUAGAAGCGUGAGUGAUGUAGAACCCGACAACAUUAAUCAGGUCUCAUUACCAUGUGCCUAG